UUCCUUUCUCUACCUACCUAAACCUCGCACUAACCUUCGCCCCUUUCCCCCCCAUCCGACUACCCCAACCAAGCCAGACUGCUACUGCCACCGUCGACAUAUCCUGAGGCCAGCCAUGGUGCAAGCCACGGCGCUAGGAAGGUCGUCCCGCCUACCCGUUUAUGUAAACACGAUCGGGCUUCGACGAUGUAGCCCUUACAUCAUCAUCCGCCAUGGCUCCAGCCAGACACUCUACCCGGCGAAGAGGACGAUACACUCGUCCCCAACAAGAUUAGUGUCUCCUGCUGACCAGGCCACCUUAACUGAUCCCGCUUCUCUGGGUCGAUUUCCUUCCGAGCCCCCCGUCCAACCGCGCCCGGCGACUAAAAUGGCGCCGCUGUCUGUCCUUCCUUUGUCCGCGGUGCUCCGCAACUUAGCCACGACUAGCAUCUCGUCAUCCCGGAUUUUGCUUCCUCCCUCGCUCGCUAUCAUGAACCUGCUCGCCCACACAAACCAACCCGUCCUCAAUCCCGACAAGAACCCGCUGCUCCGGUGGUUCCUAAAAGGAACUUUUUACGCCCAGUUCUGUGCCGGUGAGAACGCCGCGGAAGUCCGCCACACUAUCGACAACCUCAAGAAGAUCGGCUUCACCGGCGUCAUUCUUGGUUAUGCGAAGGAGAUCGUCCUGUCCGAAUCGCAAACGAAAAAUCUAACGGCCUGCGACGAAGGGCCAGUUGCCGAGGAAUGUGUUCGGAACGAGAUCGGCCCCUGGGCCGCUGGCACCCUAGCAACGGUCCGGCUCGCGCAGCACGGUGACUUUGUAGCCCUCAAGUUCAGUGGCGCCGGGAGGCAGGCUAUGUACGCGCUGAAGAACCGCCUCCCACCCCCAAAGCACCUCCGAGCCGCCAUCGAUGAGAUUUGUGAGCUGGCAGCGCAGCUGGAUGUGCCGCUGCUAUUUGACGCGGAGCAGACGGCGGUCCAGGCUGGCAUCGACGACUGGACGCUCGAGUACCAGCGUAAGUACAACAUGUCGCGGCCGGGACACGCCAUAAUCUACGGCACGUACCAGGCGUACCUCAAGGCGACGCCGUCGGUGCUGGGAUCGCACCUGGCGACGGCAGCGCGGGAGGGCUUCACCCUCGGCGUCAAGCUCGUGCGCGGCGCGUACCUAGGCUCGGAUCCGCGGCACAUCAUCCACGACACCAAGGCCGAGACGGACGCAGCGUACGACGGGAUCGCGGCAAGCCUGAUCCGGCGACAGUGGGGGGAGGUGCUCAAAGGCGAGGCAGGCGCGCCGUUCCCGCGGGUCAGCAUCGUGCUGGGCUCGCACAAUCUCGAGUCGGUACGGCGGGCGAGAGAGCUGCGCGAGAGCGCCGAGGCGGCGCCGCACACGGAGCUCGCCAUCGGGCAGCUCCAGGGCAUGGCGGACGAGGUCAGCUGCGAGCUCGUGGCGGCGGCGCGCGUGCGGCAGCAGCAGCAGCUACUAAGCGAGAAGCCGGGUGGCAGUAGUAUCGUAGCCGGGGGCGGCGCCGGAGACGUCGAAGUACCGCGCGCGUACAAGUAUAUCGUGUGGGGCACGACAGGCGAGUGCAUGAAGUACCUGCUGCGGCGGGCGUACGAGAACCGGGACGCGGUGGCGCGGACGCGGAGCGGGCGCGAUGCGAUGUGGCGAGAGCUUGGGAGGAGAGUACGAGUGGGGUUGGGGAUCGGGGCGUGAGGUUAUGUAUUAAGAGGUGGCAGCAAGGGGAAAUAAUAGUAGUACGGGAGCGAACUGAGCUAUGGAGAUGGGGAGGGGAAUACGACGAAGAGGAACGCAAGGGAUAAUAUGUGCAGAGGCCGACGUCAUGAAUUAUGCGGCCUACAUGCGGUUAGAGUGGUGGUUGUACCUAGCGUUAGCGGUGCUAGAUCACGAUGAUUACGACGAUUACGAUGCCUUGCGAAGAGACAUUGUCGCCUGUAGC